AUGUCGCUAAUGCCAUACAACCACCAGGAGGGUCGCGAGAUUGUGCUUCGCCAUCGAAAUGCCAUCGUUGUAAGAGACUCGACCUCCCAUAGGCUCGAGAUCCGUGGUUUGACAGAAUGUCCGACCUGUCGCCGUCCUCUGGGACCUUCCGAGCGCACAUACGAGCGACCGUACGAGAACAACCACGACUCUUACGUCAACCCGGACUACUUUCGCAUGCUUCAGGCUGGCACGCGAGGUGCCAUAUCGAGCGAAGAUCUCCCUCCGAGCCCAGUACGAAGGCUGUUCAACCCUGCGCUGACGAGUGGAGGGACUGGCCGAGGCCGCUCUUCUACCCCCGAGACCGAGAGCCCUAGGGUUCGACACGAAGACGCAAGUAGCGAGGCCGAGUUCAUCUCGAGCACGCCCGGUGUCUCUCAACCCGAGGGUCAUAGAAUACGGAAACAGGCCUUUAGCCCGGGGUACUUCAGAACCUUCUUCAAGGAGGAGAGGGUCUUGGGCAAGGGCGGCAAAGGUGUUGUUCUGCUUGUCCGACACGAAAUCGAUGGCUGCGAUCUUGGCUACUUCGCUUGCAAACGUGUACCUGUUGGCGACGACCAUGACUGGCUGGAAAAAGUUCUCGUUGAAGUUGGUCUGCUCAACAAGCUCUCACACCCCAACCUUGUGUCCUACCGUCAUGUCUGGCUCGAGACUUACCAGCCUAAUACCUUCGGCCCCAGCGUCGCCUGCGCUUUUAUCCUGCAACAAUACUGCAACGGUGGAGAUUUGCACCAGUACAUCGUCGGAAGUGGACCAAGAGAGGUGACCAAGGAGGAGCUGAAGGCUAGGGCUCGCCGGAGAUCUAAGGGACACAUGGAAACGCCGCAGUCGUCCUUCACCACUCGCCAAUUGUCAUUUGACGAGAUCUUCUCUCUCUUUAAAGACAUCACAUCUGGCGUUGCAUAUCUGCACUCAAAUGAAUACAUCCACCGCGAUUUAAAACCAAACAACUGUCUAUUGCAUCGUGAGGGUGGGAGGCUGAGAUGUUUAAUCAGCGACUUUGGCGAGGUGCAGCCCGAGCAUGUGGUUCGCAAAUCGUCUGGCUCGACUGGGACAAUCUCCUAUUGCGCCCCAGAGGUUCUCAAGAUGAACGCUAGUGGCCAUUACGGGAAUUUCACUACCAAGUCAGAUAUCUUCUCUUUGGGCAUGAUCUUGUAUUUCAUGUGCUUUGGAAAGUUGCCGUACCGCAGCUCCAAUGCUAUUCAAGAAGAGCUGGAAGAUAUUGACGAGCUUCGAGAUGAGAUCACAGGAUGGCAGGGUUUCCAUGAGGAGAGGAGAGAGCGCCCAGACCUCCCUUCACAUCUGUACAUUCUGCUGAAGAAGCUGCUGUCCCUCAAACCCGCCGAGAGACCAAGCGCGAGUGAAGUGCUGAGUGCUAUGAGAGGGGAAAUUCAUUUUGAAAACAUCAACAAAACUGACCGCGAUCAGAGGUCAAACAUGAGUCUCCGAGUAAACCGGGUCCAAAAUCUUGACUCGCCUGCGACGCCCAGCACUCCAGUCAACGAUCCGCAGAAGCCACUUAGCCGUCCCCGGCCCUCACCUUUGAACAACUCUCAGAUCGUCCCCUCGCCUUCUAAAUUUGACCAACCAUCGCUGGCUUUAGACGACGGUUCAGAUCAACGCUAUUACAGUCCAAUACAAACCCCCGAACACCCGCCGGCAAUGACCAUUACUGAAAUGACUGAUGAGGAGAAUGACGACCAAUCUUCCCAUCUCAACUUUGAAACAGACGGUAGACGACCUUCUCGACCGCUUCUCAUGGCCCCUCCUACUACAAGAGCGGCAGCCUUACGGCACCGCGUGUCUAUCAUGGCUCAACAGACCGCUGAGUUGAUGGGAGUGGACCGUGACCUGCCAAACCACCUCUUUCGCCUCAGUUUCUUCUUCGUGAAAAUAGUCUCACUGUUCCGCCCCUGCUAUCCCUACAUGGCCAAUUGGCAAAUUGCUCUACCGCUAGUCAUGAUCGCUGUUCUGGAUCUCCGUGUUCCACGAGCAUCCGAAGAUGAUGCUCUGGCCAGGCGAAACGCUGGUGAUGAGAUCGAAUUUGGAGCACCCCCUCCUCCUCCAUUUCGUGGCAUCGGAACCAGCGUGAUUUUCCUGCUACUCCAUUUGGCAGUAUUGGCAACCACUUCCAAAUGGGAUGCUUUAUGCACUGUACCCCCAAACCAGGAAUGGGGCGAUUGGUACAUGAGGUAG